CAGAUGACGUCUCAAGAAGCCUUUUCCUCGAAACACAAGUCGAGCUUUAUACGGUUUUUGUUCACGAGGUAUUUGGAGCAGCUAGAUCAUAGUGUGUGUGUUCAUGCAGUCAUGAGUGUAUGUAUUUGUUUAUAUAAGCUAACUCUUCUACCCCUGAACCGCUGUACACAAAAAGGUGAACCUUUGUCAAAACAUUGCACGCCUACUGUGCUGCCUGUGCUGUUAUUUUUCUGACAAAUACACCACAUGGUGGCACUGUUGUUAACCACGAUGUUUGACCCUCUUAAGUCGGAUUGGCUUGAAAUUUCUCACACAGCUCAAUGCGCUCUACAAGACACCCAUUGUAACUUCAGGGUGUUUAAAGAAUCAAAUCGACACAAAAUAUGGUACACACCUUUCAGGGACUGUCAAGCACAUACAGUAUGUGUACAAUUUGAGCAACGUUGGUUAAAAAACAUGGCUGCCAUCAAGCAAAAUCCUUUUGCAGGGGCACAGGUGGGACUAGGAACUAGCUGUCCAUAAAUCAUUGACCAUUUGUCUAAUGAUUCUAAAACUUUGAGGAUAUCUGUAUUACAAAUGUCACCCGUCAUGAGUGCUGGCGACACUGGGGAGCUGCUGUUCAUUAACGGAAAUAUGAAUUCCAACGUGUUCUGCGACAUUUUUAAGCAGCACAUGAUCCCCCUCCCUCGGGAAACAGUCCAUGCUUCAUUUGUGUUAUGUGUGAAUUUAUUUACAGCCAUUACACUGAUAUCAAGAGGCUGGCGUUAUUGUUUUAACAAGCGUGUCUCUUCAUGUGAACAUCAUCGUGUGAUAGCAGGGUUAGCAGCCUGUGCAGUAAUGGACAGCUUGUGUCUGGACACCUCUAUGGACAUGUCACAUGUCGCAUGUGUUCUCUCCCACCUGCUAUGAUUCGUAGCGGGGGGGGUGUUUUUGUUAGUGAAAGUGCCCCCAUGACCUCUUCACACUUUCCCAUUACCCUUCCUCAUCAUUUCAUAAUAAUAAGUCUUUCACCCCUUCUUUAAUUAGCUGCGUUUUAAAUUUUUAAUAACCUGCUUCUUGCGUCGACAUGACUGCUUGGAGAUUAGAUGUGGCCAAAGGCUGCGUUUUUCCCAGUGGGUGAUUUAUUACGAUGGCCAUAAAAAAAAAACAAAACGGAGUGUAAAGACACAAGGGCAAAAAUACCACCCACGGCCACACUUACUAAAGGGCAGAAUUCCAACUGCUUUCAAUAUUACCAUCAACUCACACUCAGAACAAUUACAGUGGAACCUUGGUUAACGUCAUUAAUUCGUUCGAGCAGGUCCGAUUCUAACUGAAAUGGACACUAACCGCAUCCAUUUUUUCCAUAAGAAAUGUUGUAAAUCCAAUUAAUCUGUUUCAGAAAGCUAAAAAUGUUAAAACAAAACACGUGUUUAUAGUUUUUCAAUUGUAGUUUGACAAAUGCAUCUAGAUCAGGGGUCACCAACAAAGUGCCCGCGGGCACCAGGUAGCCCCCCACGACCACAUGAGGCGCCCGCAGGCCUGCUUUUCAUUCAGGUUUUAAGUUAAUAAUGUGAGAACAAUAGAAAGAAAUGUAUUCUGGAACAUAAAAUGUGAGUUGUGGAUACCAGAAUUUUGUGAAUGUUUUGGUAAAACAAGCAUAUUUGAUUUGUUUGGGUUGAAAUAAGGUAUGAAAAUCAUUUCUACAAAAAUGAGUAGCUCAUGGCCAUUUUCAUUUUCUAAAAGUAGCUCUCGCAAGAAAAAACGUUGGUGACCCCUGAUCUAGAUACAUAUAAAUUAAGAAUGAAAAGGAUAAAUGAACAUUUCAGGUUGCUUUUGCCUUAAUUGAAGACGUGAUUCUUGACGGGACUGUCCCCAAAGACACAGUGUGGCAGCGAGAUCGUUUUCCUCUUUAACAACACCUUCCUGUUUUGCCAGGAGUUAUUUCAGUAGUAGGGGUGUCACAACGUCUCGUGUCACAAGUUCUCGUGAGAUUAAAACAUGACAGGAUUUCUCGUUCAGAAAAAAAUGUCUCGUGGGCACUAGGCCUGGGACAGUAAGAAAUGUGUUAAUCAAUCACACAAUAAAUGAAAAUUUCCUCAUUUUCGCCGGCCUCAUUACCUUGCCAUGUGCAUGUGGGUCUGUUUUCUUCGUCUCCCGUCUCCAAACGUGCACGGAGUUCACUCUGUGCAUUGGUUUCAGCACCUCGGCACAUUUGUUCCAUAGAACAACAGCAUGAACGGAGUGAGCCCUUUUGUCAGUCAUAUGGUCGCUUUGUCUCGGUGGGUGGAGGCAGGGCCGGUUGCAUACACACAGAGUGCAUAAGAGUGUAAGGUAUUAGAAAUCACAUUAGUAGAUUGCAACAUAUUGUCAUAUAUUUUUUAUAUUUUUUCAUUGUACUUUUCAUAAAAGUAAUGUUAAAAUCUUGGUCCGCUCUCGUAGACCCAAUCUCGUGUAUCGUCUCGUCUCGUGAACGCAGUGUCUCGUGACACCUCUAUUAAUUUGUGUUUCUCACCUCAAUAACCCAAAAUGGAGCCAAAGAAAGUUUCAAGUGUUAGCAUUUCGAUAAAUGUUACAUUUAGCUCUUUCAUUCAUCAUUUAUAUGUAUUUAGAGUUGUUUUAUGCAUGUAAAACUAUAAGAACAUGUUUUGUGUUCACAUUUUUGACAGUCAACCGCUGGUGACAUCAUAGAAGGGCGAUGUAGCUGACUUCUGGCUCCGGUUGCCUAAGCUUCUUUUUAAGAAGCUAAGGACGUUUUGUGAUUGAAAUACAUUAAGAACACAGUUGUUAAAACUCACGCAGUAUAUAAUAACGUGUCAAGAUGCACUCCAUAUUGUACACUAACCAGGAAAUGUACCAAAACCGAUGCAAAUGUUUGGCAUAAAUUGUCAACGUGUCAACAUUAAUUGUCAACAUUAAAACAGGCUAAUCUGGGCAGACACUAACCAAGGUUCCACUGUAGAAUAAUUUUAUUAGUUUCACCUUAAAAUAAAAGCUUCAGAUUCUUGCCGAUGCUACACUGGUUUGUAAUACAGAAAAUAAUGUCAUUGAUGUCGCUAGGUCCAGCUUUAGUCGCCAUUUAUACUGGUGGACCAGCCAGGACACAGGCGUUUUGUUAGUACUAGCAGUAGUAUGUUUUCUUGGCUUCUUUAGCUUCUUAUCGUGUCGCUUCUCUUUCCUUUUUGUGUGCAAUUAGUUAGAUAUUGUAUGUUAAACAAACAGGCUAGUUAGUGAAUUUGUGUAAAUGUUGUCUAAAUUGUCAAUAGCUUUCUUGCUCGGGGUAGCGUGAAUUCACAGCGGGAAGGACGAAAAAAUCGCUCCCCGCGACCAGGGGCCCGAAGGACAGGGGCCGGCUUGGCGACUGUAAAUCGCCUUCAGCAUCUCUGGAAACACAUUCAAUAGGUUUGUUGAAAACAAAAUGUCAAUACAGUGUUCCCUCGCUCUAUCGUGGUUCAACUUUUGAGGAUUCAGUGUUUCGCAGAUUGUUUUAGUGCUUCUUUUUUUUUUUUUUUACAGUGUUAUGCUGUUACAGGCCGAGCCUGGCCCUUUAAGAAGAAUGGCAUUGUGGGAAGUUGAGUGUCUAUCGCUUCACUCUCUCAUCUGUCUGCACCGCCCAUUGUUUUCUGCAUCCUAAUUGGCUGUAGACCAUUGUCAAUCGAUCUCUUUUGUGCCAUCCUGCUGUGUCAUCGCUAGCUUGCUUGCUAGCGUGCUUGCUAGCUUAUAAAUUAAUCUUCGGUUCAUCUGCAGCAAUAUGUUUUAGCAAGGAUGCAAAAACGCUACAGUACAGCGGAACGGCUCCAGGAUGAAAAGACACGGUCAUAGGAGUGAAAUAUGCGUGAGUGACUUAAUCAUUUCUUGUGUUGAUCAUUAAGGUUGAUCAUUAAAAUCAAACGAACGUUUGAACUUCUUUGAGAGUGUUUAAACAAGAGAGAAAUGUGAGAAAAUGUUAUUGCCUGUCUGAGAAAAGUGUAUAAAGUGUAUGUUGAGGGGUUUUACAGCCUUUAAACAUAAAAUAAUUGCAAACACAUAAAGUUGGCUACUUUGCGGAAUUCACUGAUUGUGGGUUAUUUUGGGAACCUAUCCCCCGGAGGCAGCUGUUUUUUUAUUAGCCCUCGAAACAGUCUAAAAACACGAUUAAACAGGAAAAUACAAUAACAACAGUAAAAAUGUAAAAAUAGAGCAGUAUUUUUACAAAAAUAAAGAAAAAUAUUAACAGCAUGAAGUUGAGCAUUACAGAAAAAAUAGUCGUAAUAUGAGAAACAAACAAAACAAUAAAGUUGCAAUUUUGGGAAAAUUAACUGGGGAAAAAGUUAUAAUAUUACAAUAAAGUCAAAAUAUUAUGAGAAUAAAGUCAUAAUAUUAUGAGGAAAAAAAUGUACAAAAAGAAAGUUUAAAUAUUUAUACCAAUAAAAAAAUUGCAUAAAACUGUAAUAUAAGGAGACAAAGUUCAUACUCAUAUACGCCGUGUCAAUGAUAAUACAAAGCUGAGAUGAAGGCUGUUUUUUUUUCUUUAAAUAUAAAAAAUGUUCAAUAUAUCUACAUGGGUUGGUUUAAAAAAUGCAAAAGUGGACCCUGCUUCCUUUGAUUUUGUGUGCGGCCCUCUGUGAAUAACGUUUUGACACCACUGCUCUAAAUUAUGUUCACUUUUGUAGAAAAACAUGUACGUACACACAUACACACACACACAAAAGUAGCCUCAGAGAAGCAACCAACAGGCUGUACAUUCAAUGAGAGCUAACAUUAGUAACUAAACUUUGUCAAAUGGCUAUUUUUAGCUGACAACAAAUGUGCACUCAUGUGGGUGUGUUACGUGGGGCGGGAUAUAAUACAUUCGAAAGUUAGCGCCCUCUAGGCAGCCGCCUAUCCGUGUGUGACAUACUGUGCAUUAGCUUUACUUUCAGUAGCUUUCAGUCCUGUGAUUGACAGACAAUUAGGCCCACCUCUUGCCUGCAUCAGUUUCACACUGAAAACAAAAUAAAAGCCUCUCGAGUGUUUCUACACUACAAGAGGGAAACCCUGAGGCCGAGUUAGCAUCUAAAAUUAAACACUGAUAGCCUGCCAGAAGAAGUCGGAACCCCUCGUUAAAAAGCUGAGAGCUUCUUCUCACUCACACAGAGAGACGAGUGUUAGUGUGAGGAAACGGUAUGUAUUACAAUACAGUAUGUAUUACAGCUGUUCCCCAUCCAUCUUUCUAUCCCCCCCCCUUCAACUUUCAUGCCCCAUUUUCCUCUUUGAGCUUCCAUUUCUCUGGUCUGUGCUUAGAUUGUAAUGAAGCUGGCUAAGCCCGUAACGGGCAAGUGAUUAAAAACCUCGGCCGGCUUCUAAUCCGUUUCCCCCCCCCGUGAAGCAGCACGCAAGCACGCAUUCUUCCUCUUAUUUAUCCCUGGAUCGCUGAAAGUCGUGCUCGUCUUCCUGAUGGCCGAUCCUCUCCCAACGGAAUACGUGGCCUACAUUUGUUUGUGGUGCCGCAUAAGACUCGAGUGCUGCUUUAUCUGUACUGUUUUGAAACCUGAUUAGUGUUGUUUUAGCCGUAUGUUGGUUGGUGGCUUUGGAGUUGUUUUUGAAAAGUUAUAUGUACAGAGCACAACAAUCCAUGUUUACACAAACCUACAAAAAAAAGACCGGAAAGACUGUAAUUUCGGGUCACUAGUUGGCGAUGUUACUGCUAAACGCAGUUUUGUAUAAAUGACACAGACACAGAAUGGCUCGGGUAGAGUCGUUUUGCCAACAUUCCAUCUUCACGUGUAUUAUCAUACCUCACUUUUUUUUUACAAAAGUGUACCUCACUUUUGUAAAAGGGAACGCCAUCAUGGCGGGUUAGGGAUGUGACAUUUUCAUAACAUCUUACGUGAGUGGAAAAUAAGAGCCACUUUUACACAGAAAUGCCGCAAAAUAGCCCAUUCAGAUGCAUUUUACACAGAACCCAGUAAAGGGCGGCACAUGUCGCAAAUGUGUACGCUGGCACACAGCGACACAGCAUCCUGCAAUCACUUAAUUAGAUAAUGUCAUGUGACUUAUGAAAUACUUGUCAGACAAUGACAAUUGCUUUCAACAUAACAGAGGAGGAAAAUCAAUUUCACACCCCUGUCUUGGCAUUGGGACAUUCCCCAUUACACAGGCGUUGUCCUGCCUCUGUUACAACUCUGAUGCUACCUCCAAACAAAAUACUGGCGAAACGUUUUGGUUUCAGUUUUCGGUUAAAAACGUCUCAUGUAAGCUGGAAAUGACAUCCUUAUUGCUGGAAACAGUAAUGUGUGAUAAUGGAAGACGUGUGGCGCAAGUACAUGACAACCAAAACAACAAUGGCGGACCACAGGAUUCUUGUACCGUUCUUCAAAGAAAGUGUACAUUUUCUCAAAAGCAUAAGUGAGUUGGUUAACUGGUUAGUUAGGUUAGUUGACUACUCUAUAUUGUCUUCAGUGGCUAUGAAAAUGCUUGGGAUAGGCCCAUCUGUGAUCGUACAUUGUUGUCGAUAUUUCUCCAAACACUGUAUGUUGGAUUUGUCGAAUACGCAUGGAAACAUAUGACGUAAUUUUUAGUCGCUUAUAUCGUCUUCAGAGAAAAACUUUUCCUCUUUAUGAGAUUGCUGUCAAGUAAACGUCCACUUAAUCUUUUAAAUCUUCCCGAUUUUGCGCAAACACACAAAUAAACACAGUCUGAGGUCACCUCCUGCGCCUUCAUUAGGAGACUGCUUUAUUAUGACUUACAUAUGUGCCCAUAAAUCACAUCUCUCCCUUCUGGCGGAGCCAGAAAAGAAAGAAAACAAACUGUGAUAAAGGUGAAACACAGCGAGCGGAAGCACACAGCCCAUCUAUCAAUAUUCCCCAACAACCUCACAAACAAUAGCUCGCCAUUAGUGCGGUGAAACAAGGGGGAAAAAAAAAUCACAUUGUGUAAGGAUUGUUUUUCUUUUUGCUCCAUCUUUGUGUCCCCGCAGAGUGCUAAGCUGCUUUUGUUACAUCAUCCAACUCUGUUGCUGAGAGAAAAUGAAAGGAAAGUACUUAUCUGGGAAGAAAAUCUAGUAGUGUUCGAUGGGGUGGAGGGAUUAAACACUUCUAGCAUGUAUUUCAUAUCAAAGUGAAGCUUUUAGAUGGAGUCAGCCUAAAGCUGUGAAACUCAUUAAAGCACUUUGGACACCCCUGUCUUAAAGCAACAAUACGUAAAAUUUGAUGUUAAAAAAAGUAAUGUCAAUGUCACACUGGCUUGUAAUCAGGAGAAUAUCAUCUCUGAUGUUGUCUAGGCGACUUCCCAUCACCUGGGUCAUUCCUACAAUUCGGUGCCAUUCCAGCAUUGUAACUUUAAAAAAUGUGUUUUACUUUGCAGGAAUUUUUCAUUUGAUCUGAAUGAAGGCUUAUUAAACAAGAAAAAUAUAUUGGUCGAGCUCAGGACAUUGAAUUCUAAUCAUUUUGACCUAAUUGUUGGCAUCCAACGUAGUCCAAAUCGGGACAUUUUCAUCUUUAUUCACAAGUGUUGUUAAUGCAUAGUCAUUGUACAUUUUUAUUUGAUCAGUAAAAGUAUUUUUUCACCCAUCCACCCAUUUUCUAUGCGGUUAUUGUCACUAGGGUCACGGGGGUAUGCUGGAGCCUAUCACAGCUGACGUCGUGCGAGAGGCGGGGUGCACCCUGAACUGGUCGCCAACCAAUCGCAUGGCACAUAUAAUAUACAAACAACCAUUCAAGGCUGUUUUCACACUUACGAUGACAUCUACAGUCAAUUUAGAGUUUUCAAUUAUCCUGACAUAUGUGGGAUGAAGUCGGAGUACCCGCAGAAAACCCACGGACGCACGGAGAGAACAUGCAAACUCCACAAAGAGAUGUCCAAGCAUAGUUACGUACCCAGAUCUUCCAGAUCUCUUGACUGUGCGUCCAACAUGCUAACCACUAGGCCACCGUGUGGCAAAGUAAGAUCAAUUAUUCUUAAUUAAUGUAUCCUUUUUUUAUAUUGUUUUACUGUUUUACAGUAGAAGUGGACUUACAAUUUGAAAUGUGAUUGUUCAAAUUUAAAUUGGAAUGUUUUUUAAACAAAAUACAACAUGUAAUGUCAUGGGAACUCAUGUGGCACCGAAUUGUAGGAAUGACCCACCUACUGAAGUGGUCUAUAAUUAUUGGUGGACCUGUUGUGUUAGCGCUAGCAUUGACACCAAUGUUACUGUUGAGAGUGCUUGUACAAUCUUCUACACACUACAAUUAGACAAUAUCAGAAAACCAUAAAUGUACUAGAUUGCUAACCAAAACAGCUGUACCUACUGAAGCACACAACAGUAACGGUUUCUGUUUAUUUUCUUGAAUAAUAUCCUUUUAUUUUGCUUUUUGUUGUUGUUUUACUUGAAAUAUACUGUCAGAAAUCUGUCUGAGUAUUUAAAAAAAGCGCUAUAUGUACAUUUACAAUCUAUUAUCAAGGGGGUCGAGCUGGGUAGCAUCUUGGCAGUCUGAUCCUCGGCUGCAGAAGCUAGUAGGUGGAAUGUCACCUCUCUGGUGUGGAAGGAGCCUGAGCUGGUGCGCGAAGUGGAGAAGUUCCGGCUGGAUAUACUCAGACUCACCUCGACGCACAGCAAGGGCUCUGGAACCAGUCCUCUUGAGGGGAGCUGGGAGCUGCCAGCAAUGAGAGCGACGGACAGGGGUGGCAAUUCUUGGCAAUUCUUGGCACCCACCCCCCCCAGCUCAGAGCCUGUACACCCUCCUCCUUAGGGUGGGGGGACGGGUCCUGACUGUUGUUUAUGCUUAUGUGCCAAGCAGCAGUUCAGAAUACCUGCCAUUUUUGGAGUCCUUAGAGGGAGUAAUGGAGAGUGCUCCCUCAGGGGAUUCCCUUGUUCUGCUGGGGGACUUUAACGCUCAUGUUGGCAGCAGAACAACAGUGCAAAAUGUAAAUUCAAGGGCUGCAAUAAAUGAGCCAUUUGACCAUUAAUACAGAUUUAAAAGUGAAAAUGUGUUAUUUAUAUACAGUAGUUGAAGCGUUACAUGGUAUUCAAGGCAAGUGGUUCUCAAACUUUUCACAGUCGCGUACCCCUUCAGACAUUUGACUAGAAUAUAUAGACCUAUAUAGAGAUAUAUAUAGACCUGCACACUUAAAAAACAUAAACCACACAAUGAGACAUAUGUGAUAUAUUAUUAAAUAUAUAUUGUCAAGUUAUUUAAAAAAAUCAUGUGUCUUAUUUUUUGCAACUGCACACAUAGGCCACUAAUUUAAAAGAGAGAGGGUUUUAGAGGUGUAAGAUAUCUCCUGGCAGGUUUGUCUUCUGUUCGGUGGAUUUAUUUACAACAAGUGGUGACAAACAGUGGUAAGAUGUGGUGAACUGUGAUCUUUAUGCUCUUUUGCUGUGCUUUGGUAUGUGACAACAUGGAAAUACUCAGUACAACGCAACUAAUGGUACACAUAAACGUAAUAAUUCUAAAUAAUUCUGAAAACAAAGGCACAUAACGUACAGAAAUCAAUAAGGAAAUUAAUUCAAUGCGAGACUUAUUACUGAGCCAAAUGGACAUAUGAGCACAUAUACAGUUGCAUGCUUGAUGCACCAAGCAAAAAUGCACAGUAGCACCGAGCUAACAUUAUUAAACCUCGUCUCUGUGCAUUUACGUACAGCAUUAAGAUUUGUGAACAAGGACAAGGUGAAAGGAAGAAUAGAAAAUACCCGUUUGUGCAGCGUUGGAGAAAGUCAUACACGUAAAUCUCAAUGUGCGUCACACAUGGUGUGUUCAAGGACAAAGUGGUCGCAACACCCGAAGAAGAUAUAUUAUUUGUGAAAGCAUAAAUUUACUUACACGUGCAAAACUGGGGGCUUUCUAACAUAGUCAGUGCAUCCAUUCAACAAACAAAUGACUCAUACAGCUCAGAAAACGGACUAACUAGUCAGAGCAACACGUAAGAAGACCAGCUCUCACUUAGCACACAAAAUAAAUCAAUCUUCAUGAUUAAACACUUUUAAUGCACGUCAUCAUCAACUACUUAUUUGUUCAUCUAACGCACACAGAACAAUGAACAACUUCAUGCUGACACCUUUCUUCAUCACUGUACUACUUGCCUGCUGUGGCUAUUCCUCUGAGGCGUUCGAGCGCAUUAUGUAAUUCACUGUUUGGCGCUAAUGUAGUCAGGCCAUUUUUUAUUAUUGUUCCCCUUUUAUAGCCCCUACGGCAGUCUGCAAUCUGAGUACCCCUGGGGGUACGUGUACCCCACUUUGGGAACCUAAGUCCUUAGGGUAUGAUAGGGCACCCUGUGUUCAUAGUGAUUUAUAUGAAACCUUUUCUCUUAUCAGUCACCACAGUACUUUAUACAUGAGUGAGGUUUAGUCUGAAUUAAUGAGGGCCUUAUCUUAUCUUAUAUCUAACAUGUGCAGUGUUGCAAUUAUCACCAUUACUCAUUAACUGUUACAACACUAUAGUGUUUAUACUAUGUAUGAUACAACACCUGAAGACCAAAGUUCACAUACAUUGGACUUCCCGACUUGGUUGACAUGCUGGUGCAUGACUGGAAGGGUCCCAGUCUGGAGCAUCUCCUCCACUGGCGAGGAGUGAGAGGACAAAAAUGGAGGUGGCUAAGGCACGUCGUCGCUCCAGAGGCAUGAGCACCCUGGAAAAAUGGCUGAUCUUCCUCUUUGUUGUCAUGACUGGCGUGUGCGUUGCCGUGGUGACCCUCUACUUCAUCGACAAAGAGGACGCCUCGACGACUCACCAAGAGGGGCCGGACUCAGGGUGUGGUGGACCCCAGGAGCUAACUGCAGAGUCGGGCACCUUCACCAGCAUCCACCAUCCCAGUAGCUAUGACAACGGGAGGAGCUGCUCCUGGCACAUCACUGUUGACCCGGAUAAGGUGAUCUCCCUGAGGUUUGAGGAGUUUGCGAUAGAGGACACCGACCUGUGUACGGCAGACUUCAUCACGCUGCGAGAUUCACUUGGAGUCAUUGGCAAGUACUGCGGCUACACCAAACCUUUGCCUCUGGUGUCGCUAACAAACCGGCUGACCAUCUACUUCGACACCAAUGACAGAAAAACAGACCAAGGAUUCAAAGCUCAUUACGAGGCUGUGUCUCCGGAGCGCACAUCAGAAAUAGCUGGAGCUGGUGGCUCUCUCCAAGGUGACCGAGGGGAUCUGAUGACCCCUGGCUUUCCCGACAAGAACUACCCAAAUGGAGCACUAUACCAGUGGAAAAUAACCGUGCCAGAAGGGGAAAGGGUUCGACUGACGUUCACCUCGUUCGACCUGGUGCCUGAGGUGUGUGGAGACUUUGUCCAGGUUUAUGAUGGAUCUAUGUUGUUAGGAAAAUUCUGUGGAGGGACCAUGCCAAAGCCAGUGGAGUCCAGCAGCAACACCAUGAUUGUGCGCUUCAAAUCUGAUAGCACUGGCAGCUCCAGAGGGUUCACCGCCACAUACACAAAGUCCAGCCUCCCUCCUAUUGUCACCACAAUGAGACCCACAACCACAUCCAAGCCCACCACCCAGACCCUCCCACCCACCACAUCGGGCUCGGGUGGCGCAGUUAUCCUCACUGGCCGUAAGGGAACGAUCCAGUCUGACGGCUUCCCGAAUCCAUAUCCCGCUCAUCAGAACAGCUCCUGGAAGAUAACCGUGCCCAAAGGAUUCCUGAUGAAGUUUCAGAUCACUGAGAUGGCCAUCACUGGGGAGACGGGACAAUGCAAGGAGGACAAACUGCUCGUCUCAGACGCUUACAGCACACUAGGCAUACACUGUGGCUACAUCCGUCCUCCAGUGGUGGUGGCAGCCACUAACACAAUGACUGUCUCCUUCCAGUCUGACAGUCGCCUCACAGACAGAGGCUUCUCUGCCAAGUGGGAGGCUGUGUACCCCGAGGAUAUAGCAGAAAUCCAGGGCUGCGGCAUGUCUUCCAAGGAGGAGACGGGGGUCAUCAAGUCUGCCAACUGGCCCAUGAACUACAAGGCCAACGCUGAGUGCAUGUGGAACGUGGUACUGCCUUUUGGCAAGAAAAUCACACUGACCUUCACACACUUUGACCUGGAGCCCAGAGACUUACUGUCGUCCAAAUGCUUUGAUAACGUCAUGGUGUACGAUAUCAAUGGCAUUACCAAUGCCUUGAUUCAGAAACAUGGACCAUUUUGUGGCACCAAGAUGCCAAAAACCAUUCUCAGCAAAGGGAGCAGACUGAUGAUACGCUUCCAUUCUGACUUGUUCACUGAGGCUAAAGGUUUCAGGGCCUACUGGACUACAAACCCCAGCUUGCCUGCACCAACUGAGCCGCCUGUGCCACCUAAUCCUUGGGACGGCAUCAACAUAGACUGGCCCAGUACCUGUGGCAAACCUGCCAUCCCUCCUGCUGUGAUGUCUCGUAUUGUCAACGGAGAAGCUGCCAGACCGCACUCGUGGCCCUGGCAGGUGUCCAUGCAGGUGUGGCCAGCCAGCCGACCUGAGCCGACGUUUUUCCAUACGUGUGGCGGGACUCUUAUUCAUAAGAACUGGGUGCUGACAGCAGCCCACUGCUUCAUCAAUUACGCUGAUGAGCUGCACCGCUGGCGCAUGUGCCUGGGCAAGCACAACCUGACCUUCACGGAGCCCAGCGAACGCUGUCUGAACGUGACAGGCAUUUACCGCCAUGAGGCUUUCAAGUACCCCACGGUGCCCACGGUGGAGUUUGACAUCGCUCUGGUCAGGCUGGAUGGGGAGGCUGAGGUCAGCGACCAGAUCUCUUACGCCUGCCUUCCCACCCAGGAGGAGGUGCUGCCCGGGGGAAAGAAGUGCUACGCUAGCGGCUGGGGAGACGAGACGGGGGAUUCUUUGAAUGCCAAAGUUGCAGAGGCUCUCAACCAGGUAGCCUUGCCUGUUGUCCCGUACAACACUUGCAAGAGAAUGGACUACUGGUGGUUCCAGGUCAAGACCUCCAUGAUCUGCUGUGGUUAUACGUUGCCAGAUGAGCUCAAGUCAGUCUGUCAGGGUGAUUCUGGUGGUCCUUUAGUGUGCCAGGACACUCCCAGCAGUCCUUGGGAAGUCCAUGGGAUAACCAGCUUUGGUCCUAUUGGAUGCAUCAUGAACAAGAAGCCCUCUGUGUUCACCCGCUCGUCCGCUUACAUCCCCUGGAUCAACAACAUCAUACGCAGGGACAUCUACAAUGAACACACAUCGGGUUGCGGCGGAGCAAAGGACUUGACGGGCAUAGGUGGCACUCUGUCCUCCAUGGGAUACCCCAGCAGCUAUAGCAACAAAGCCAAGUGUCAAUGGAACAUCCAAGCACCUGCAGGCAAACUAGUCCACCUACAUUUCAGCAAUUUCUCCUUGGAGGAGAGUCAACUGUGCCUGAAUGACAAAGUUAGCAUUUCAGACAGAACGGGAAGUUUAGGCACCUACUGCAGUCACACUCCCCCCAUGGACCGGGUAAGUGAUGGGAACUCACUUCACAUCAGCUUCUCUUCCAAUGACAAGGUGGUGGACACGGGGUUUAUGGCCACAUGGAAGGCAGUGGACCCAUCGGAAGCUCCUUGUGGAGGAAGCUUCAGCAGCGCCCAGGGUGAACUCACCAGCCCCAACUGGCCCAAAGACUAUCCGGGGCAGGCUGCGUGUACAUGGAGGAUCAAGGUCCCCUCGGUGAAAAGCAUCCAUGUUGUCUUCACUCACUUUGAGCUGCAAGCUGUGAACGUGCUGGGGAACUGUGUGGACUAUGUGGAGGUCUUCAACGGGGAAAGCAUGGCCUCACAAGGUCGCUUCUGUGGCUUCGCCCUGCCCCCCAAAAUGACCGUUCCGGGCGACACAGUGGUCAUUCGCUUCCUGAGCAAUGGAGUCAACCAUCAGCAGGGUUUCCGUGGUUACUGGACCACUGAUGCCAGUGUAAUUCCCACUCUGCCUCCUCCCAUUCCGAACCCAUGGGACAACAUUACCAUUAGCUGGCCAGAAGAUUGUGGUAACCCGGAAGUGGCCCCCAGCACGGGCACCGCAAGGGUGGUUAAUGGAGUAGAAGCCGUCCCCCACUCCUGGCCCUGGCAAGUCUCCAUGCAGGCCACACCAAUGCUUCCCAUCCCUUACAUGCAUGGCUGUGGGGGUUCUUUGAUCCACGAGGAGUGGAUCCUGACAGCUGCCCACUGCUUCAUGGUCCCUCUGAACCAACCCACCUUCUGGCGCAUGUGCCUGGGGAAGCACCACAUGAACUCCUCUAUGGACGUCCCCUCAGCCGAGGCCUGUUACAAGGUGGACGGGAUCAUUCGGCACGAGGGCUUUGUCUACGAGGACGACCGCAGCGACAUCACCAACGACAUUGCCCUGGUGCAUCUGGCCCAGCCCGUCAACAUGACCAGGGAGAUCAGCCCCAUAUGUCUGCCCCAAGCGGGUGUGGUGAUGGCGGCCGGGACACCCUGCUUUGUCACGGGCUGGGGGGAUGAAAAAGGCAACCUCUUCCCCAAAGUGUCAGAGAAACUGAACCAGGCGUCACUUCCCGUAGUGGACUUCCAGACCUGCAGUAAGCCGGCCUACUGGUGGGACACCCUGAGGCCGUCCAUGAUCUGUGCUGGCUACGAGUCCCCUGAUGAGCUCAAGUCGGCUUGCCAGGGUGACUCCGGGGGUCCCUUCGCGUGUAAGGCUGCCGGGGCGAACAUGACCUGGGAGGUGCAUGGUGUCGUCAGUUUUGGACCCCAGGGCUGCAUCAGGAACAAGAAGCCCUCGGUGUUCACUCGUGUUUCCGCCUUCAGCCACUGGAUCAAUGACAGCAUCAGGAGGUUCUUGUAUGAAAGGGCCCGGUACAACUAAAGCGGACAAGAUUUGUGGGCGCACCCACACUGGACUGUCCUUGUAUCGCUUGACUCUUAUAAGUGCGAGUGGAAAUUAGUCGCAAAGUCAGGAAAGUUGCCAUAAUGCAGCGUUGUAUCAUGAAGUGAUGUCACAUGUUAAAGGGAUGAAGCAUGAAUGGUGUAGAGCAGUGUGAGUGCUCCCUUCGAGAAAGAUCAUUAUUAGUAGUAUUGGAUAGGAUCUGCUGCUAUAGACCAAAUGUGCCUCUUUCUUUAUUGUUCAUCAUUCGGGAGAGACAAGUAAUGCAAAUGUUAUAAUAAAAUCUUUUAAGCUAUUUUUGUAGGUGUAACUUACAUCAAAAGUAAGCACUAUCAUGCUAGGUGUAACCACGUUAACAUUGUUAGUAUGCUAAUGUUAGCACGUUAACAUUUAAGCCAUUUUCAUAGGAAUAAACUUACACAGACUAAGUGCUAUUAUGCUAGGUGUUAGCAUGCUAACAGCUAGCAUGUUGGCAUUGCUAGCAUGCUAACAUUAGCAUGUUAGCUUUUUUGGUAUUUAUAAACUUACGUCGACACUUAGUGUUUUCAUGGUAGUUGUUAGCAUUCUAACAGUUAAAAUGCUAGCAUUGUUAAAAUAUUAAUGUUUAGCAUUUUAGGCAUUUUCUCAGGUAUUACCUCACAUAGACACUUAGCGCUAUCAUGCUAGGUGUUAGAAUGCAAACACUUGUCUGUGAUCUACAGUACGAAUUUGUAUGUCUUAAUUGUAUGAAAUAAAGUGUUUU